GUAUGAAUUCCUUAUGGAUAUGCAGUAAGUGCUGCUUCUAAAGGUAUAAAAGCAUAUUGAUUUUUACUUAGUUAUUUGGGGACUGGAGGCUGUUCCUAUGGGAUGGGAGGGGUGUCAGUGAAAGAUGUGAACAUCAGAUCAGGUCUGCGUUAGUUAAGGGCACGUAUACUCAAGGUCACUGAUGGACAAAAUGCUUAAUGGGCAAAUUCUGAGGUCUGAAGUUUAAUAAAUGUACUUAUUCUUUGGGAUAUUACGAUGAUAAUAACAAUGCUGACUUACUAAAUCGGGUAAGAAUUAGGUCAUGUUCUACUUUGCAAUCAGGUGUUUAACGCUUGGUAGGCUAAAAAACGUAGGUUAAAAUGCAUGAUGAUGGAAUCUCGUCGCCCACUUUCAGGCACGUGCCUUGUCUUUGCGCUGUGGCCACGCCCUCUGUCCCUGAGUCUAUAUAAGCGACAGGACCCCUCCUUCUCCCGGCAGCGAAGCUUAAACCGGUGAAGAAGGCGCUUGUUACUGGAUACAGCGAAUGGCUGGGUUUAGUUAUCUGCCUAACUGAACGCUGCGGUUUAAUUUUUCCAGAAAUACGCGCCGUUCGCCCUUAACGCAGCCGAUAAGAUGCCUUUUCCACCUAUAAACCUCCAUUCGCGGAUAUCAUCGCCAGGAAAAGAUCUGUUCAGGAAGAAGAAAACCGGCACGACUGUUGUUCUUCCCCAGUCUUUGCUCAGUCCGAAACCGCGCGAGGAGAAGGAACCGGAAAAGGACAAACUGUCCACGUCCUGGCCUAGUGCCAAUCUGAGACAGCUUGGACGUAAACCGCAGCAGCAACAACAGCAACAUUCUAGCAAAUUUCCCACAGACUGUUCAGUUCCGAACCUCGACGUCGUGGACGUGAAAAGCCCGUGGCUGAACGCGAGCAAACCGCUGGGUGGCUCGUGCGAAAGCGUGCCGCGCUCCAGCUCCGGGGAAUCCGCGGCCCGGCGCGCCGUCGCCUACGGCAAAGAAGAGCUGGACCAGGAGGUGCAGUUCUCUCUCAGCCUCACCCCUGAAGCCAUCCUCGUCAUUCAGAAACGCAACCUGGAAAAACAGAUGCUGGCCAAGCAGCAGAAGUGCUGCGGAUCGACGGACGCCAAACACCGCCGCGCCGUUCCGUCCAAAAGGGCGCAGGGCGCUUCGAAGAGCACGGGCCCUGCCGUCAAACUGGACAGCUCGAAUGACAUCAGCGCGAUCGUGAAGAUCUCACUGCUCAACGACCAGCACAAGUACGACGACGUGGAGUACGAGGAGGAGGACGGAGACGUGGACGAGACGGUGAUGCGGAAAUGUAAAGAGUGGCUGAAAGGUGUAGAGAGCGCAGCCGCCUUCAGCAAAGUGGACAAACUCUCUGCUCUCCCGCAUCUCAAGAGCUGCUGAUGGAUGCCACUGUGAAAAUCGGAAAUGUUCCUCCAAAAAGAUCAAUGGACUGAAAAUAUCAUUUCCUCUUGCUGUAGCCUGUUGAUAUGGCACUGUGCGUUUGUUUGUCUCUCAGUGACUUUUCGGUUUCUUUCGCACGGACAGCGAUGUCGCAUGCGGCCUUCUGGUCCUUUAUUUCCACUCGGCUGUGUUUCCACUCAGGUUGCGUUCUCGAUGUAGCGCCAUUCAAUCACACUUCGGAUAAACGAAUGUCCAUCCUGUGAAGCUUAGGCACCUGUGCUCACCAUGCACAGUCAAAGCCACAGGUGUCCUGCUUUUUUUGACAUGGAUAGUGUUUUAGUGCGGAUGUGAUGGUACGGUUUGGGGCGCAGCAUCCCACUGGCGCGCACGACGCUUUCCUUUUGUGCCAGAAAUCAAAGACAGUGUGACAAACUUUACAAUGCAGAAUUGACAAAUGUGUGUGUGUGAGUGUGUGUGUGUGUGUGUGUAAAAAAGCCUAUACACGGAGUCAGUGGGUUUGAUAAAACCAGCUUUGUACAGUAUUUAUUUAAUAACGUUACGUUGUGUUUGUGUUUUAGCCUAGAUCUUGUCAUUUUUAUGGUUUUUUAUGAAAUAAAGUGUAUUAAAUCCA